AUGCACAGAUACAGGCGUCAGGCCAAGUAUGCGGCGUGGUAUGAUGACCGAGAUGACAAUGCUGCCUCACGCAUCAAGAAUCCAUUUGCAAAAUGGCAAGCCGCCGUCGCGAGUCCAAUGCGGGACCUGGAAUCGGGCGACGGCGACGUCGGGGAAUUGAGACGUACUGCCACGGGCGACAGGCACGACUAUGGCGAUAGAGCGUUCAUUCCGAAUGUCUACUUUCAGCCUUCCCCACGCCCAAUGGCCACGGCCUAUGUGAGAGGCAUUAAUCAUACUCAACCCGCUUCCGAGAGCCAGAGCCACACCAUUUUUGUAUCCGAGGUCCGCAUGGAUAGCGACCAAACUCAACCGGGAACUGAAAAGGGAAAGGAGAGAAAUGACCUCCUCGCCGGCACUACUACUGUCGGUUCAGCUAGACAGGCCAGUCUCAAAGCAACACAAGCGACGUACGCGUCUUGUGGAGAUAUUCCACCUACAUGGUCAUCGCCAUCGUCAUCGUCAUCUUCAUCAACGCCGGGGCUGUCUGACCUUCUUGAGCAGAGCUCCAGAGUCGUGCACACGCCCUUGCACACGAGUCCAGAGAAGGCCCGGUUUGAAGCUUGGGUGGAGAGGAAGCCGAACCAUUGGGCAUCGACCAGAAAGGCAGUCAUCAGGGGCCCGGAACAGAGCGCAGACAAGUCGGGCAUCAGUUUUGCUUUUGGAUUCGAACGUUGCCAAAGCUCUCUGGCUGAGUCGGAGAAUACCAGUGCCAGUGCCAGUGCCGCUCGAGAUGGGUUAGAUUCGUCCGAGUCGUUCCACGUAGACGCAGACACGGACACUAGGACCAUCGACACCGACACCAGUGGAAAACCUGCGCGUUGCUCUGUCUAUCUCCAACACAGACGAAUCGCUCCCGGCCCAGACGACCAAGCUCCGAACACUGUCGGCGAGCAUCGCACCCAUAACUCGAAGAUGGUCCUGGUCAUUCGAGAAGACCAUGGCGAAUCCGACAUCGGGGCGAUUCGAGAAAAAGCUUCUCGGCGCCACCGAGACUGGCACGAGCGUAUCAUUCAAUCCAUGGGCAUCGUCGGCGAGUCGGAGUCAGAAUCCCGCCGGGAUCUUGUCUGUUUCUUAGCCACCCGCGCCGUCAUCUACUCCAUGAUCCAUGAAGUCCUGGAGAGCUGGGAGGACGAAGCCACCAAGCUCGAGGAGGGGCUUGAAACGCUUCGGAGACGCGUCUACGCCAGCCCGGACGAUGAUGGGCCCUCGGGCGACCUGUGGAAGCUUUCCAAGCAGGCCGUCGAAAUGGGCCAGUCGAUUGAACAACAAGUCAUCGCGAUGGAAGGGGUGGAAAACUGUCUGGCCGCCUAUGGCCGCUAUGUCGAUGUCGACAGGCUCCCGUCGCCCGAACUGGUGCCGUCUCUAUCAGUACUAAUCUCCGAGUUACGCAAUCUACGGUCGGAUCUUCAAAAUGACUUGACCAAGCCGAUUGAAAGCAUGAUCGAUCUGAUGUACAAAUCAAUCAGCAUUCGCGAUUCUCGGCUGUCGCUUGAGUUGAACGCGAGCCUCUGGCGACUCAGCUGGAUCACAUUCAUCCUCCUGCCGCUCAUCUUUCUGGCCGGCAUCUUCGGCAUGAAUGUAGACUUGUUUCGGCACGAUCCGGCUUCCAAGUGGUAUUUCAUCUCGGCUGCAGUGCUGAUGGUAGUAGUCCUCGUCAGCUGGUUUGCAUUCCGCAAAUUCCAGUCGCGAAACCUCCCCCGGACAUUGAGAUUGCAGACACCAUCUCAACUGGGCCUCAGCAGCUCUCGCGGCAUGCGACUGCCGCGACCAGGAAACCUGCUCAAGAUCAAGAAAUUCUUCCGCAACUUAAAUUUGCUGCUUGUGCCAGCCAGGACUGUCCGUGUCGGUGUAUACCGGCGGCGAGUGUGA